CUGUGGACAUACGCCUUUGACCAUGGUGUCGAGAGAGAGCAAAGGCUGGCGGAUUGUGCUCGUCUUCUCGGUCGUCCCCCUCGUUUUAUUAUUUUUUAUUUCGUCACAUAUGAACCUGAGUACGUCGCCUUUCCUGCGCAUGUUACCUAAUGUCAGAAUGCUUAACUUUAAAGAAGGUGGAUAUGACGUCUUUGAGCUGACAGAUAGCCAACUAAAGGAGGCAGAGGAGGAGCUAGGCAACUCCAAGGAUCUCCAGAAGGCCAUCCUGCUCAUGAAGGAGAUGCAGGAGGCCAAGAGGCUAUACGGAGACGUGAGGAUCCUGUGCUGGGUCCUCAUGUACCCCGCGGCGCACGACACCAAGGCAAAGCAUAUCAAAGCCACGUGGGGGAAGCGGUGCAACAAACUCAUCUUCAUGAGCACGGAAGAUGACCCAUCUGUGGGAGCUGUCGACGUCGGAAGCCUCGAGGGAUAUACUAAGCUGUGGAACAAGACACGAAGUUCUCUUAAUUACAUCUACAAGAACCAUCUCGAGGACUUUGAAUGGUUCCUCAAGGCCGACAGCGACACAUAUGUGUUAGUGGAUAACUUACGCUAUGUUUUGCAAGACUACGAUACAAACGACCCUGUAUACUUUGGUCAACAUUAUAAACUUUAUGGAGGAUAUAACGCAGGAGGAGCAGGACACGUGAUGGGGAGAGAGGCAGUUCGGCUGUUUGUGGAGAAGGCGAUUCCGAACCAUACGAUCUGCAGACCGAAUAGGUCGAAAGGCGAGGAUGUUGGAAUGGGCAACUGUCUACAAAAAGUUGGCGUCAAGAUUGGCGACACGAGAGACACCCUCGGCCAAGGAAGGUUCUGGCAGCGACACCCGGCGACAGUAAUGAAGGAACCACUUGGGAGAACGAAGCACUCACGCUACCCUAUUACCCAAGGGGACAACCCAUACGACUGCUGCUCAAACACGCUCAUCAGUUUCCACAAGCUGUCAGUAGAAGAACUCUACAUGCUGGAUUACCUCAUCUACAAAGUCCGAGUGUUUGGGCAUAUCCCUCUCUUGCCCCUAAAAGCAGCACUGCCGCCGAAUCUAGAUGUCGUUCCGGAAAAGACGAUUCAGAAAUUCCGUGAGUACGAGGACCUGAAAGAGUCCACCACAGAAACAACGGAGACUGAGACAUUAACUGGCAGUAUCAGAUCCUUGAAGACAUGUGUUUCUGCAUAUGUACCGACAUCAUGCGCCCGUGAGAGGGGGAGGCUCAGAAGGGCACCACUCGCUGCCCAGCCCAAACGAUUGUUACCUCGUCCAUGGGAGGACCGAAGGCCUAAAUACCCUCCAGAAGACUCUCGAAGACAGCGUGCAGCUUGGAUGGUGGCAACCUAUACCUAUGUGGGCUAUAUCACGCUAUAUGCUACCCAGACCACAUCUGUGGCCUCCAAUGUCUCUAAUGAAAUUAAAAUCCACCUUGCCCUAGGGAGUUCGUCUUUGGACUCCUGCUCUGCCUCGAGUGUUUCGCCCUUUAAGGACAGGGCUACUGGGUCCAUCAGGUUUUCAAGCUCUUUCCGUAUUGUUAUAUCACGUCCAGCGAUGCGGAUUAGAGUGCUGAUACCAGGAACCAGAAAUUCUCACUCUCGGGGACCUAGCAAAUUCCAGGAGAAGGAAGCUGUUCUCAUUACUGAGAUCAGCUUCCGAACCAUGAGGCCCAAUGGAUACCGCAUUGAAGUCGCCCAGGCUAGAGAUGGUUAUGGCUACUCUGUGGAGAUGGUGACCAUCGCCCUGGUCCGAUCACCCAUACUGAUGAAUCCAGACUCAUUCCUGAAGAAUGUGGGUAAAAAUCGUGCUGGUAUAUUGAGCAGUGUGAUGCCACGGUGGUUGACCACGUCCCUCAACAGAGUGUUAACCUUCAGGAGGAAUCAGAUGUCCCUCUCCAGUUCCCACGUGGCGCAACAUGAAGUCGUGACAACAGGAGCUGACAAACUGGCAAAGGAAGUGCGAAUAUUAUGCUGGAUCUUGACGCAGCCCAAAUCGCAUUACAAGAAGGCCGUACAUGUGAAGAACACUUGGGGAAAGCGGUGUGACAAACUCAUAUUCAUGAGCACGGAAAAUGAUACGAGUCUCGGGGCCGUCGCUCUGAAUGCUUCCGAAGGGCGCGUGAAUCUGUGGGGGAAGACGAAGGCAUCUCUCAGAUACGUUUACGACCACCACUUGGAGGAGUACGACUGGUUUCUGAAGGCGGACGACGACACGUAUACAAUAAUAGAGAAUUUGCGUUAUAUGCUCAGCAACUAUAACCCAGAAUUUCCCAUUUAUUUUGGAUCAAGACUUAGAAUGUUCUACAAAGAAGGAAUCCUCGGGGGAGGUUCCGGUUACGUUAUGAGCCGAAAUGCAACAAGAAAGUUCGUGGAAGAGGCCUUGCCAGAUAAAUCAAUAUGCAAGCAAAGCAAACAGGGUCUGGAAGAUGUUGAGUUAGCUGGCUGUCUGCUGAAAAUUGGAGUCUUGAUAGGCGAUUCUCGAGACGGCUUGGAACGUGGUCGUUUCUUCCCAUUAGGACCUGACGUUCAUAUUAUUGGACGUAUUCCUGGCUGGUAUAAGGCACAUGCUUUUUAUAAACCCUAUGUGGGCUUCAAUGACUGUUCAGAAUCGGCAAUCGCCUUCCACUAUGUUGUUCCUGAACUCAUGUACUGGUAUGACUACCUCCUAUAUUACGUGAGAGCUUUUGGGGUCAAGCAUGUGCAGCCAUUUCCUGCCGAGUUGCCGCCUGACAUAAAGAGUUUACCGCGAGAGGACUUUGAGAAACUUGUCCUCUCCAAGAACGUCACGCAAGACAGUGCCUUUCAACACAUAUAGCAAGUGUGUGUAUUUGUAUGUAUGUGUAUAUGUUGUGUGUGUGUAUGUGUGUGUGUGUGUGUGUGUGUGUGUUUGUGUGUGUAUGUGUGUGUGUGUGGGUGGGUGGGUUGGUGUGUAUGUCUGUUAGUGUGUCUGUAUGUGUCUGUUGGGCAGAUAAGCAUGAUUGUUGGAAAAUCCUAGCCAAAUCCAUCAAAUGACGCCUUCCCCCCUUCGACGCCCCUGCCCCCAACGCAAGCGAGGAUCCACGUGGAAUGGCGCUUCUGCCUUCGUGCUGUUCCUGGAGAGAGACCCAAGACGACCACAAAUCCUGACCUAGGUUGACCCAGCAAGAACGAGCCUCAUCACCAUCUCGUCACGACCUCCUGCCUCGGCACUGGACAGGUUGGGGGCACACCACCGCUUCAGUGCCUGCUCCCUCUUACAUUUACGUGUGUAUUUAUUACCGUGUGUGUGUGUGUGUAUGUCUCUGCAUAUAUACAGAUAUGACAAUU